CAGCUCCAGGGAUUCGAAUGCACACCUAGGUGCCCAGUCGCGACGAUAGCUUCCAGAUCGUGACGACAGCAAUUGGACGCCGAAUACACUCGACACCAAUUGCCCGACAUGGCCAGCACACUCCUCAGAUCCCUCUUCGCCCCGGCGAUGAGGCCAGCGGCUUUCCCUCGCGCCGCAUCCAUCCUCACACCGACAGCGACCACCAUCACCACCCCCCUGAUCCGAUCCUUCUCCUCGACGCCCGUACAAAAUGCCACCAUCAUGCAGGUCCUGAGAGGCUGCCACAAGAAGGGCAAGCGCGCCCGUCACGCCGUCUCCCCCGCCCUGUCCGAGAUCAACGCUCCCGCCCUCAAGGGCGUCUGCCUCAAGGUCGGCAUCACCCGCCCCAAGAAGCCCAACUCUGGCCAGCGCAAGACCGCUCGUGUGCGCCUCUCCAACGGCCGCCACGUCACCGCCUACGUCCCCGGCGAAGGCCACAACAUCCAGCAGCACAGCGUCGUCCUCGUCCGCGGCGGCCGCAGUCAGGAUUGUCCUGGUGUGCGGUACCAUCUCGUCCGUGGCGCGCUCGAUCUCGGAGGUGUGGCCAACCGUGCUACUUCCCGGUCCAAGUAUGGUACGAUGAAGCCCAAGAAGGCUACUGUUUCUUAAAGUUGGAGGUCUUCAGUUUGGAGGAUGAUAUGAGUGGAAGACGCUUGGAUAGGCGCUGUGGAAGGGAUUCAGAGCGGACGGGCAUUUCCUGCCUUGUUGCGGUGUACGACUACUAGACACCAUGAGACAUAUCAAGAC